AUGCAUGCUGGAGCCAUGCGAAUACCGCCGAACCACUACUUGACUCAUCACUACUUCCGCACAUUUGACGUAAAGCUCCGUCCCUUCCAGAACUACCAAAAAAAUGCGUACAUGUACCUGUAUGGGAACAAGAUUCGGAUGCAAGAAUUUCACGACCGCAAUGAAGACUUCAGCAACGAGUAUUGGCCCGGAUGGGACGCUAACCUAAGCGCAGACGUGAAACAAAAGCUAAAAAUCACAGGGAUAUUGGGGUAUUUCGACGCUACAAUUCAGCCAGUCAUAGACGAACUGGGCGAAAGUCCCACUGAAGAGGUCUGGACAAAGUGGGUCGACAAAUGGAGCAAGUAUUCAACGGAAGAGUUUCUCCGAAGCCAAACAUACACUCGACCUGAUGGUUUAAACCUUCAGACAUGGCCCGAGGCAGCCAUUAAUGGACUAAAGGUGUCCUCGUAUAAUCCGUUUUUAAGUGGAUCAUUCGUAGAAACCUUGCGAGAUAUUAUUGGUCUUUGGUGGGGUGCCGACUUGCAGACUUCGAAAGACGGCAUGACGGCAUUGGCAAAGGGCUUUUUGGCGAGGAACGUUGGAGGAUGGAAUAAAGAUGUCGAACUAAGCAAAAAUCUUCAUUAUGGAAUCAAAGUGGAGAAAAUUGACCAAAAACCUACUUGCGAUAAAUUACUCCUGCAAGGAAUAUGCAAAGUUACGGGACAGUCCGACAAAACAUUCGACGCCGAUGCCGUAUUUGUCACGGUCCCUUUGAAUAUCCUUCGGCAGAUGGAUGUCCCAAUUCUCAGCCGCGAAAAGCAGCAAGCAAUAGCCGGAAUCACUUACGGGGCAUCUACAAGAAUCAUGCUUCAAUGCAAGCGACGAUUCUGGCAAGAUGAUGUCGGUCAAGGUGGAUUCAGCAAGUCUUCCGAUAUGAUUGGUCAGCUACAUUAUCCCGAUUACGACGGUUCGAAAAUUCUUAAAGAUGAAAGAGGGGUACUGCUGGUGUACACCUGGGAAAAGGACGCACUGGCAUUCGGCUCUCAGAGCCAUGAAGAUGCGAUCAAAUCAGCGGUGAAUGAAAUAAGCAAAAUUCAUCCCGAGAUGAAGAGAGAAGUCGAACUGGGGAAUGUUCAAGCCUGGUACAGCGACCCGGCGUCUCAGGGAGCCUUCGCGUACCUAAAGCCGUACGAGUACCUGGACAAUCUGCAACGUCUAUGGAAGUCAGAUCACCCGCUGUACCUUGCCGGAGAGGCAUUGUCCUGGAGCAAUGGCUGGAUACAAGGGGCAAUCUUCUCCGGCCUCUCGCAGGCGUUCUGCUUCCAGGCGCACGUGGAGGGCCGACCUGGUAGAAUGCCAUGGUGAAACGCCACUAAGCCUGUUUGUGUUUAUUUGUUUUAUGAAAUUACGAUACUAUGACAUAUUACGAGAAAAUUCACCAUUGAUUCCAACAUAUUCGCACUUUAGUCGAGCACAUUGGGUUAUGCAUUCUUAAAUGUAUUAAAAUUAAGAUCAUGACAGUUACGUUCCUGUUUUUAAUUUAUAUGAUUACAAUUGUGUCAACAUUUUGACUAAAGUGCGGGUCUUAAAAGAUGACAAAUGACUUCUAGUUCCUAUUCGAACAU